AUGAGUGAUUUAUCAGUCGCUUGUAAUAUUAAUGUAGAAGACGUGAAUAAAAUCAACACCGGACUGUUGGUUGACAGAAACAAAGAUGGCACCAUCAAGAGUCUCAAAUACCCAAACGUUGAUAGGUUUAUGUGGGAACCCACUAAAAGUAUCGAUUUCUACUGUGGAACUACUAAGAAAUCUGUCACAUGCUCAUCUACAACAACAGCCGAAGAUUUGAAGUGUACCUCAACAGUUAAACUUGACAGAUCUGGUGGAAACAAAAAAUGUGGUAAAAAUAAUGCCGGGACAUUGUGGAACAUGGGUUUCAAAAUAGGGGCACAGGAAUCGCUACAAUUGUACCAGAUAUGCUUCAAUAUGGAGACAUGCUCGGUGCUUUACACAAGUCAUCAACUUUGGGGCUACACAAUUCCUCUACAGGUCUCGAAAUUUGGAGCGACUAUGAUGCCAUUUGCUUGUAAAGGUUUGACUUUUGGCAACUUUUAUCGGGACACAAACAGACAAACGGGUAUCAAAUCGGUCAAGGAAAAUCCCGGAAAAUUCUACAAACGCGCUUUGAUGGUUCCGGAUCAAGAUUUCCCGGUGAAAACUUGGAGGAUUCCUUUGAAUACAUACGCAAAUGGAGCGCCAGGUUGGGAGAGUAUUGUUUCCGCUCCAACCGGAAAUUGGUUUCAGGUUCAGGAAAAAAUUAAAACAUUGGCAAAUUUUACUGGAAAAAUUUACGAUGUGCACACUGGCGUCUUUUAUCGUUCCGAAGGACAGAAAGAAUUCCUCAACGCAAAAGAAAAGGCCAUCGAAAUUCCCCAGUGGUUCUGGAAGGUGCUCAUCCAGGACAAAAGUAGUAUCGUGUUUUAU